AAAACAAAGGGCCAUAGGGCAGUACUUAGCCAUGGCUAAAUCAGAUUCAGAAUACUCGGAUGAGGAGAGCGAAGAAAGCUCAGAGUCCGAGAAACUUAAGAAAAAGAAGAAGGACAAGAAAAAAGUCAAAAAACUGAAGAAAGACAAAAAGGCAAAAAAAGAAAAGAAAAAGAAGAAGAAAAAGGAAAAGAAGAAAAAGAAGGAAAAACGAAGAAAAAGUCCAAGCUACUCCGACUACAGCUACGAUAGUCGAGACUCUCUGAGCCCUAGCAGAAGCCGGAGCCGUGGCCGAGCGAAGAAUCGCUCGCCUCCAAGGAACAAUGGCGCUGGUGGCGGUGGCAGAUAUGGAGGGUGCGCUCGCAGUCGAAGCAGGAGCCCCGCAUGGGCUGUCCAAGCUCCACGUUCACCCGUGCAACUUCCUGAGGGUCGCGCUUUAACACUGGCAGAGGCUUGUGAGGCGGCUGGUAGGGGAUUCACUACGGGAAAGACCGCUCAAGAUGACGAAGUUCAAGUUCUAAAUCCAGACGAGGAACCCAUCCAAGCAGACCGGUUUGCCAGCUUCGAAGACGCCCGUGAUUUUCCACGCGAGAUACGGGAAGAGUUGAAGAAAGCUGGAUUUCCAUCUCCUUCUCAGAUCCAGGCCUACACUUGGCCAUUGGGCUUGAGGGGGAAGGACAUCAUAGGUAUUGCUGCCACUGGCAGCGGCAAGACUCUAGCGUUUUUGCUCCCUGCGUUUGCCCAGAUGGUAGAGGAGAACCACAGACCCGAACGAGAUGGGCCUGGUGCGCUGGUAAUGUCCCCUACGCGGGAACUUGCACAGCAAACCGAGGCUGAGGCCCAGCGCUUUGGGAAGUGCCUUGGCUUCCGAUGCGUCGCCAUGUAUGGCGGAGCUCCCAAGGGCGAUCAAAUGGCUAGAUACCGACAGGGUUGUCAUACCGUCGUGGCAUGUCCUGGUCGUUUGAACGACUUUCUCGAAAAUGGGCAAGUUCGUUUGGAUGGAGUUCUGAAGCUGGUUUUAGACGAGGCAGAUCGUAUGCUUGAUAUGGGUUUUGAACCACAAAUCCGCAAGAUCCUUGCCAAGCUUCCGCGGAAGCGCCACACGCUCUUUUUCACAGCAACGUGGCCAAAGGAGGUGAGGAAGCUUGCGAAUGAGAUUCUCAACAGGCCCUACAAAGUCAUGAUUGGAAAUCGAGAGGUCUUGAAAGGCAACCAGGACAUCACACAGAUUGUGAAGGUCAUGGAUGCCUUCAACAAAAACAGAGAAAUUGUGUCUACCCUCCGGGAGGCUGGGCUUACAAGCCAAACUGCUAGCGGCAAGGCUCUCGUUUUCUGCAACACCAAAAGAAUGUGCGAGAGCCUUUCGAACGAGCUGUAUCGCCAAGGUCUUCCUUGCACAUCCAUUCAUGGUGACAAGGACCAGAGGCAGCGUGAAGAGGCUCUCAAUGGUCUGAAAAGUGGACGAUUCAAGGUUCUCAUUGCUACGGAUGUGGCUGCACGUGGAUUAGACAUCAAGGGUGUCGGCCUGGUCAUAAACUUUGAUCCAGCCAACAACACAGAGGAUUACGUCCACCGUAUUGGUCGCACUGGCCGUGCUGGGGCGAAGGGAUUCGCCAUCACCUUCAUGACAGGGCAAGACGCAGCCAAAGCCAGGGGAAUCAUUGAAGUCAUGGAGCGGACCAACCAGGAGAUCAGCGGAGACCUUCUGCGACUUGCAGGUGCCGCACCGCCGGGAGGUGGGAAAGGACGCACUAGAGGAGGUGCUCCACGAAGAGGCAAAGGGCGGAGCCCAAGCCCUUAG